GGCGUGCUGCGUAAUGACGCACGCUGUGAACUGUCAAUGUCGCCGCUGAACGGAGUAUUAUGUAGAGAGGGUGCACAGGAUCCGCCUCCAUUCUCUGCUGCCGGCCGCUGCUCCGUCUCACAGGGGCUGGCAGACAACAAAGCCCGGGGAUACGGGACGUCCUACCACGCUGCUAGCGAACGCCGGUGAUGGCAGAUCUUUGGAUGGAAAUGUCCAGGUAACAUUAUGCAGAUGGUGGCUGAAGGAAAGGUAUCACUGAAGACCGUCCGUACAAAACGUGUCAGUCCGGAUGCCAGGGCAGGCUGAGCCAUCUCUCUGACCCCUGUGGCCACUUCUUCCUAACCCAGGAAUACUGCAGUGUUAUAUCCCUCCAGCCAGGCUCCGCCAAGGCCAGACAGUAGUAGACACUGCUCCAGCGAUGGGCAUUGGUCGGAACCCCUCAUCUAAAGCGAUGGAAUCCACAAACUCAACCGAUGGGACAUACGAGGAGGAACCAAAACAUACAGCCUUUUUCACCUUGCCGGUGGUGAUAAAUGGAGGUGCCACGGCCAGUGUUGAUCAAGAUACUGAAGACACAGAACUAAUGGCCAUUUACACGACGGAAAGCGUGAUUGCGGAGAAGAGCUCUUUGGCAGAGACCCUGGACAGCACUGGAAGUCUAGACCAGCAUCGAAUGGACAUGAUUUAUACUGUGGAAGAUGUGCCUCCUUGGUAUCUCUGCAUCUUCCUGGGGUUACAGCAUUACCUGACAUGCUUCAGUGGGACAGUGGCUGUGCCGUUUCUGCUUGCAGAAGCCAUGUGCGUUGGCUUUGACCAGUGGGCGACUAGUCAGCUGAUUGGGACCAUUUUCUUCUGUGUAGGAAUCACAACUCUGCUGCAGACAACGUUUGGGUGCAGGUUACCCUUGUUCCAAGCAAGUGCAUUUGCUUUCCUUGCUCCAGCUCGUGCCAUCCUAUCCCUUGAGAAGUGGAAAUGUAAUACUACAGAUUUGUCUAUGGCUAAUGGAACUGAGCUACUUCACACUGAACACAUAUGGUACCCGAGGAUACGGGAGAUACAGGGAGCCAUUAUCAUGUCCUCGCUUAUCGAAGUGGUUAUCGGCUUCCUUGGCCUUCCCGGAGCUUUGCUGAGAUAUAUAGGCCCACUGACGAUCACUCCCACUGUGUCUCUCAUUGGCUUAUCUGGUUUCCAGGCUGCUGGGGAGAGAGCAGGCAAACACUGGGGCAUCGCUAUGCUAACCAUUUUCUUGGUCCUCCUCUUCUCCCAGUACGCCAGGAAUGUCAAGUUGCCGCUUCCCAUAUACAAAUCUAAGAAGGGGUGGACGGCCUAUAGGUUUCAGCUCUUCAAAAUGUUUCCGAUCAUUAUGGCCGUCCUUGUGUCCUGGCUGCUCUGCUUCAUCUUUACUGUGACUGAUGUUUUCCCACCAGAUAGUACCAAAUACGGCUUUUAUGCUCGUACUGAUGCCAGACAGGGAGUUCUGACAGUGGCCCCUUGGUUUAAAAUUCCCUACCCAUUUCAGUGGGGUCUCCCCACAGUGUCUGCAGCUGGGGUCAUCGGGAUGCUAAGUGCUGUAGUCGCAAGUAUUAUUGAAUCUAUUGGCGAUUACUACGCCUGUGCCCGUCUGUCUUGUGCCCCACCUCCUCCAAUCCAUGCCAUUAAUAGGGGGAUUUUUAUAGAAGGUCUGUCCUGUGUGCUGGAUGGUGUCUUUGGUACUGGAAAUGGAUCCACGUCAUCUAGUCCCAACAUCGGCGUUCUGGGAAUAACAAAGGUUGCCAGCCGCAGGGUUAUUCAGUACGGUGCGGCCUUCAUGCUUCUGCUGGGCAUGAUUGGGAAAUUCAGUGCCCUUUUUGCAUCUCUACCUGAUCCUGUUCUCGGGGCACUGUUCUGCACCUUAUUUGGGAUGAUCACUGCUGUUGGUCUCUCCAACCUUCAGUUUGUGGAUUUAAAUUCUUCGAGAAACCUCUUUGUCCUGGGGUUCUCUAUUUUCUUUGGCCUGAUGCUGCCCAGCUACCUAAAGCAGAACCCACUGGUCACAGGCAUUGCAGAGAUUGAUCAAGUGCUAAAUGUGCUGCUGACGACGGCCAUGUUUGUGGGCGGCUGUGUGGCUUUCAUUUUGGAUAACACUAUUCCUGGUACACCUGAAGAAAGGGGAAUCCGAAAGUGGAAGCGUGGGGUGAGCAAAGGGCCGUCUAUUGAAGGGACGGAUUCAUAUGAUAUACCUUUCAUCAUGAACUUUAUCCGGAAGUACAAGUGCUUCAGCUACCUUCCUAUCAGUCCCACAUUUGCGGGAUACAAAUGGAAGUCUCUUAGGAAGAGCAAGAAGAGCCGGAGAGCGGACGAGGAGCCAGAGCCCAAAGUAUAACCCAGGCGUCUUUUUUUCCCCAUCUCCAGUCUUGUCGUUCAGUAAUACAUCUUUCCAAUCUCUUGCCAGGUUUACAAAGCCUUGAAACAGAUGUUUUGCUUAUUAUUCUCUGUAUAAUUACUUAGAAUUAUUCCAGGGCUGAGACAAAGGGUCACCUCCAUCUUGAUAUUGUGCCUCUGAUACAGUGUUUUCCUCUUCCUUCUCCUUCUUUUCUACCCAGUACUCUUACAAGCAAUAUGUCACGCCCGUCUUCUACCCUUUUACUUUGCAUGGCUGACCUCUGGUAUAUCAGUGGUUACCUUAACACUGGCUGAUUAAACGGGUACUGUGCCUACCUCUGGGCACAUUCUGAUUGCCGACCUUUUGUCUUGGCCCUGAAAUAUUUGUAAUUAUUUUGUUGUAAUUCUCCAUCUGCCCUGGAGAACCCCAGUGUACAGUGGUGAAUGUGACAUCCGUCAACUCUUCUCCUGUCCAUGCCAUCCAGUCUUUACACCAGGCGAUUGAAUCUGUGGCGAAUGUGCCAGGUUUUUUUCCCAUGAAGUGUAGAGGCCAGUAUACCCACUAGGUGGUGCUCACUUCUGACCAUCAGCCAUACAAAAUGGAGAUGACUUCUGAAGUAUGUGUAAAUGUAUUUAUGUUGUGCACAGCCUUCUCGACUUUGCAUAUCAUUUAUUUGGUUUACCGUUAAAGCAAGUUCUUUAUUUGUAAUAUUUAUUUCUAUUUUGUAUUGUAUUUAUUGUAUUUCCAUUUGCCUUAAUGAUGUUUUUAAUGAUAAACAAUAUGGGUCACAGGUUUUGGAGUUUGAAAGACAAUCUCAUGACUGUUUCUCUGUUAUCUGGCAUUUUGCAACUUACAAACUCCCAAAACCUUUGUGAUCUUUCUGCACCCUUGUGCUUCAUGGCAAAUUAUUAAACAUCAGGUCAAAUUAAAGUAAAUCUAGUUAAUCCCUCUUGGGUCCGGCAUGGGUUAUAGUUGUUGGUGUACGUGUGUCACUUUCACACAUUAGUGGGUGACAUUGAUGUAGAACCAAUCAGUGCAUAAGGACAUGAGACACAAAUACUGGUCCAGUGAUAAAUAUGGCUGCCUCUGCCGUGAGCUGUGAUGCAUAUAUAAAAGGAAAAUAUUUUCUAAGUGUGUGUGCAUAUGUAUAUGUGUAUAUAUAUAUAUAUAUAUAUAUAUAUAUAUAUAUAUAUAUAUAUUCUUUUUGUAAAUGUGAACGCUAACCUGCUUGCAAUGUGUAGCCUGCUCCAAAACAUAAAACCACAUAUUUAUAUGUGAUUUAUACAGUUCCAUGCUUUCAUCCAGAUAAAGGCAGGUUAGCCAGGGACAGACACACGUGCAGCAACAGCGACAGUGCCAUUCUCUGUCCGAAAAACUGUGAGAAACACUUGGGACUCAUCUGCAGAAUAGUUUUCUCAAGUUCUGUUCCAAAUGCCACGAAACGCGAUCAAACUGACAGGAGAAUAUUUGGGCACUAUUAUCUUUCAAGCAAACGCCAAACCCCCUCCCCCACCCCAUCUAUUGGGUUUCUAAAAAUGCUUUAGGUUUGGAGCACAGUGAAAUAAAUAGUCUACCCCAAAAAAGAAAUUCUGGAAUUUAAUUGUAAUACACCCAGCAGGUCUUGAUUUAAAGACUUUCGUCUUGCGCAGACAGUUUACUGAUCGUUGAUCCAACCAAUCUCACUCAGUCAUUGCUGUUAUAUACAAGGGUAUUUAGUAUGGUGAUUGCGCAUUUUACAAACAUUAUACUGCCAUAUCCAAUGCGAUAUAAGUGGGAAUAUCCCAGGAAUUUACCUGUCUGUAUGCGCUAUGCAUACAGUGUGCCACUAAUGCACUUGAAAGCUGAUACCAUAAAAAAUGUAACUGUUUGCAUUAAACACCAUUUUUAGCCCCAAUCAUUUACAUCAGGCCUGGCCAACCUGUGGCUCUACAGCUGUUCUGAAACUACAGCAUGCCCUCCCACCAAUCAGCUGGUAAAGCAUGCUGGGACUUGUAGUUACACAAUAGCUCAAGAGCCACAGCUUGGCCAGGCAUGAUUUAGACAGUCAUUAAUCAUAAUUGGUCUUAAUAAACCAUGUGAUCGCCCCGGUCCAGAGCUCUCCACCUGAACACCCCCCCACCCCCUCCCCACCAGAAACAGGAGGAUGUUACAGACAUUUUAUUCAUUUUUGGUGUACACACAGUUGGCAUUGCUUUUCUUACUUUCUCUCUGAAAGUGAUGGACAUAACCAGAUCGUUAGAGGUGAAUAUAUAAUGCUUAUGGUGUGACAGCAGAUAAUCUUAUAUUUAUAUGGCUGCUUCAAGGUAUUUUUACAUUCACAUAUUGUGGAACCAUUUCAGCAGGGUACUCUGCAUUGCCCUUUAAAAGGGCUGUACAUGUUUGCUAGAUAGACACUCGUCCCCAUGUGCCCCUUGGAAUUGAGCACAAGACCCUUCCGUUGAGACCAUCGCCUUGUUGCAGCUACUGUACGUAGUGACAGCAUGCAUAGGAGAGAGAGAGAGUUACAACCCAAAACUGGGUGUGAGAUUCAAGUGUUCACUCAUUGUGUAAACCGUAAUGGCAGCAUCUGAAUGAACACGGAACGUAGGUGAUAUAUUCCACAUCACAACCUGACAACAUGGAGUUGGGUCUGCCAGUGCGGACGACUCUCUAAACUCCAUUGUCAGCACUGUGACAGCAUGCCAGUAAGGGUGGGCAGCUGGGAGGGAGGGGUACCUAGCUAGCAGUGAUUAUACAAAGGCGAUGAAAACCCAUCCCAUUUCUGCCACUUAUUUAUAUUAGCCAACACAAAAUGUAUAAUGGAUGAUUGCCAUAAAUAUGUCACUAUGUAAAAAACGGAAUGCGUUUAAUUUAUAUUGAUUCAAAUAUUCAUUACCUCCCUAAAACACUUACAGUAAGCCCAUUCACCUUUAUUUGUUAUCACUUGUACGUUUUAUUCACUUACUGUGUCCAAGAUACUUGUCACAUAUCUGGGUUAGUAUAAAGGUUACUCAACCUAAAGUACAGUACAAGUGGACUUAAAUAACACCGCUGCCUGUAAUAGUGGUAGCUAUAUAGGUAGACUUUUCAGUAGCUUAUCAGAACAGGGAAGCCAGCAUGAGGAAUUGGCACAAUAAACCUUUGUCCCAUAGCAGUUAAGAGUACAAAUGACAUUAUAUGUAUAUACAAAAUUCUGGGUAUUAAUGCCCAUUGCAAGCUAAGGUUCUCCCAGCUUAAUGCUUACCGAAAAUAAUAGCUUCCUGUGUGUGUAUGUGUAUAUAUAUAUAUAUAUAUAUAUAUAUAUAUAUAUAUAGCAAUUACAAUGUAACACCUCUCAAAUCUAAGGCACCUUUUACAUAUAUAUUUGUUAGUUUUAUAAUGUGCUUUUAAUAUUUUGGAUCUUAUUUGUGGGCCUUUAUGUCCAUCUGUUCUGACCUCUUAGAAGAGAAACUAUUCACGUUUACCUGCAGACACAUUUACUGCUUAAUAGCAAUUACUUUCUGUAGUACCACCUACCACCUACAUACCCUCUCCUUUGUUCCUUAGGCCAGUGGCCUUGCUGUCCUAAAACUGCAAUGCCUCUCAAAUGCUAACUUGUGAGUAAUAUAGAACUAUUAUCUGUUACUGCAACUGUGUAGUACAGUCCAGCUAAUGCCAAAGUGUAAAUAAAUUAAGGCUCUUGUAGAGUUGCCACAUAUUUGUUUAAAACCAAAUCGCACCUAAAAUGUAUAAAAAGAGAAGUGCAAGUCCGCAUGCCAUGCAAAAUACAUUUGCUGCAUAGGGGGGAAUUCAACUGGUGCCGAACGGAUUUUCCCAGCUGAAUCCGCACAACCCCCGCCACACUUUACGGCGGUGGGAUCUCACUCAAAAAUGUUCACUAUCCCAUAGGGUAGCAAGCACUUUUCAGUGAAGAGCGGUAUGAAUCUGCCAGCAAAGGGUGCUAGUCAGACUGCUGUUGCCGACAUUUAAACGCCACGGCAAUGGCAGCUCCCCCAUAGUAUCCCCAACCGAGUUUGUCGUAGCCCGUUUGUCCCACAGAAAUUGCUCCUACUAGCCCAGGCUAUGAGCGCUAAUGCUGAUGAUCAGUUAGUAUCUUGCACCAUGAGUGCAGCAACCACAACAGGUACAUCUCCUGACCGGGGUAUCUGCUGCUGUCUCCACCUCCACAUAAGCUGCUAAUAUGUACUGUAAAUGCACUUGUACUGUACGUGAUCUAGAUUGAAACGUCUCUUCCGUCCCCUGUUCUGCACCUCUUAGUGUAAGCUUCAGAGUCUGCAUAGGGACUUACACUUGCAUAGUUUUUGUGUAUAUGCACAGUAGGGCAAAAUGCAAAUAAAAAUGGACUUGUAUCUGACUGUACAUUAGGCCCCUUAGUGCAGACGUAUGCCCAUUCUGCAAGCAUGCCAAGCAGUCACUGGAGAGGGGUCUUUAGUGUCUAGAACAUUUACUAUAUCUACCGCCUCAGAUUUUUUGUUAAAGGCAUGACAUCAUCAUUUGUUUUUACCACAUCUGUUAUAAUGAUUCAAAUGACAGUGUAGCAGAAAGUAUAGGCAGGGUGUCUCAUUCCCACCCCGCUCAAUAGAUGAGAAGAAAAGCAUUCUGUUCUUAUUUGUUGAAUCAGACUGGACAUACUGAGGAGUUUUACUGUGCGGUUCCAGUAACAGUGCCCCAGGGAUCACCCCCCACCUAUUUGCUUCAUGAUGAGAGCAAUACGAUAUGGCACUGUCCAACAUUGGACAGACUACUUACAGACUUAAACCAAGAAUCCACUAACUAAUGCUAAUACAAUACAACUCUACAUCAGCUUUGUGAUCAGUGUUUGUUUAUACAUUAUACAGGUUGAGUAUCCCAUAUCCAAAAUGCCUGCGACCAGAAGUAUAUAAUUGCAUACGAUAAUGAGAUAUCAUGGCGACGGGACCUAAGUCUAAGCACAGAAUGCAUUUAUGUUCAUAUACACCUUAUACACACAGCCUGAAGGUCAUUUUAGCCAAUAUUUUUAAUAACUUUGUGUUUUAAACAAAGUUUGUGUACACUGAACCAUCAGAAAACAAAGGUUUCACUAUCUCACUCAAAUUCCGUAUUUCAGAAUAAUUGGAUAUGGGAUACUCAACCUGUAUUGUAUUUGUGUAGAGGUUAUAAAAUAAUGAUUAGGCAGCUGGAGACCUGUAUGAAAUAAUAUGAACACAUAAGGGCAGAUUGCGUUCAUCUCGAGGUACAGGCGGAACUUCGCACUGCGCACAUUGCUGCGGAAAAGUACAGGACGACAACCUUGCUCGUUUUUGCUUGCAUCUCUAUGGGACAUGAGCAGAAACUAGUGAGACUAUCCUUCCUGCAUAACCCGCGUUACAGUAGCAUGCCAACUUUGCCGCUUUUGGGUCCCGUGCUACUGGUUAUAACUUGUUUGAUUAGGGGAUAAAUGAAUAGGCAUUGUACCUUUGUAUUAUUUGCAGAUGCAUUUUUAUUAAAUCAUUUCAUCAGUUUUUUUUUGUUUGUUUUUUGCCCCUUCAUCAUUCAUUACCUUCUUACAAAUUGUUAUUGUAACUAAGAGGUCCACCGCUUGCUUCUCUUGUUAUGCAUGCACACACAAAUUAAUUGUCUCACCCAUUGAGGGAAAUUUGUUUAGAUUUUAAGGCUAAGGCAGUCUGUAAGAAAGCUGUAAACCAACUUCACUAACUAAUCUUCUGUGAAUAAUACAAGAUCUCUGAUUAAACGUGCAUUUACUGAGCCUUGCUUUGUCCGUAAACCGAUACUAACCUACGUUUGACGGAAUAACUAAUAUGCACCGCUGAUCAUUCUCUUUUUCACGUUUACGGCUUAUUAUACACAUUAAGCUAGCAUCACUGUACCAAGAUGUGUCCUUUUAUUUUAUUGGGCAAACCUAAAAACUUUGGGUGGGGGGAAAUGUGCAGUAUUAAAAUGAAAACACUAAUAUAGUUUGUUUUCGGGUAUCCCACAACACUUUAUAUUGCAGUUUAUUAAAAAAAAAAAUGUUUAAACACCUACUGUAAUUUUGAUACUGCAUAUGAAGAGUUUACAUAUUACGGUAGCGCCAACUUUUGCUGAUUUAAGAUAUUGCUGGCGCCUUUUUUGCGAGGGACUUGAAUAAAGCUUGAAAAAUUGUGCCAUUCUAAGCAUUUCAGACAUUCCUUUUUUAAUUUGCUUUUCACAAUUGAUAAAAAUUUGUAAAAAAAUAAAUAAAAAGUAUAACUGACUGACUUACGUGCACUAAUAUUUGUUUUUGCAUUGCAUUCUGCUGAUGUAACUAGUUUAAACUAAGAAAAGCAAAUAAAAACCCUUAAAUUAUAUUUUAUGUUGAAACCCAACUAUUCUUUAUUAGUUGAAGGCAAUCUGUAUGAACGACUGUUAGGCUGCUGGAUGGACUAUCCUGUUAUUCAAUAGUCCCUUCUGUUCCUAAUGAGUUAAAUUGCUGGACUUUUUUGUUUGCUUAUAUUUUGACUGUAACAUAAAGUGUUUUAUUCUUGUUUUUUUUUCUCCCAAGAUGUAAUUUGUUACAAUUUUUUAAAGAAAUAAUUUCAUUUUAGUGUGUUUUUUUUUCUAACAUGACUUUCAUUUAUCGUUAAAAUAUAUUUAAGAAAGAUAUGUAAUAUUGGACCAGAUGUUGUGAAUAAUAGUAGAAAAAAAGCUAUUUUAUUCUGUAUUUUUAAAGCUUGUUAAAUAUAAAUAAUAAAAAUUGAUAUACCUGC